UUAGCCGACAUUAUGGGUAAGAUAAUCUUCUACGAGGACAAGAACUUCCAGGGUCGCUCCUACGAGUGCAGCAGCGAAUGCGCCGACCUGCACUCCCACUUCAGCCGCUGCAACUCCAUCAGAGUGGACAGCGGAGACUGGAUGGUCUAUGAGAGGCCCAGCUACACUGGCUACCAGUACUUCCUGAGAAAGGGCGACUACCCCGACUACCAGCGCUGGAUGGGAUUCAACGACUGCGUGCGAUCGUGCCGCAUGAUCCCUACUCACCAAGGCUCCCACAGAAUGAGGAUUUACGAGCGACCAGAAUUCGGAGGCCAGAUGAUGGAGCUGACCGACGACUGCCCCUCCCUGUUCGAACGCUUCCAUAUGAACGACGUCAACUCCUGCAACCUGAUGGAAGGCCACUGGAUCUUCUUUGAGCACCCCCACUACAGGGGACGCCAGUACCUGAUGCGUCCUGGAGAGUACAGGAGGUCUAACGAGUGGGGAAGCUCGAGUCCCAGGGUGGGAUCAAUCAGACGUAUCACCAUUUGAGAAAGCUGAUGUCUGCACA